AUGGACGAACGGGGGGGCGCGAGGGGGACCAAGCGCGACGGCCGGGUGGAGCGGGGGCGCGGAAAAGGGCGGCCGGGGAGCCCGGAGGGGAAGGGGAGCGGGGGGGAGGGGAGGAGCAAAGAAAGCCCAGGAGGGACGGCGGAGGCCCGAGGAGAGGGAGGUGAAGCAGCAGAAAAGCAGCAGAAGCGGCCAAAGAAAGGACAGCAGAAGGAGAGGAAGGAAAGGCGCGCAGGCGGUGCAGGAGAGGCACAGGGCAGAGGGCGGAGGGAGGCCCACAAUGCCAGCGGCCAGGAGGGGGAGAGCGCGCCGAAAGGAAGCCGGGCGCAACGAGACGAGACCGCAAAAGGGGGCGGCCGGCCGGAGGCGGAGAGAAGAGGCGUGGGCGCGAGGCGGGGAAGAAGGGGCGGAGCGAGGAGAACGAAGAAAGGCGCAAGCGACCGGACGCGGCAGGCGCGGCAAGAGAGAAGGCCACGAGAGCACGGACGGAACGACGAGGAGAGAGAAGAGAAGGACAGGAGGGGACGACGGCGCGCCGACGGAAAGAACGGGAGGGACGAGGAGCGAGAAGGAGAGGCGGGAGGGGAAGAGAGAAGGCGGCGCCCGGAGAGCACAGCGGACGACAGCGAAGGAAAGGGGGGAAGCAGAGAGGAGCAUGGGAAGGCGAACGGAAAGGAGGGCAGGGAGGAAGAAAGGCCCGGAGCCAGGGGAAGGCGGGGGAAGAAAGCAAGGGCCAGGGGGAGGAGGAAGCGCGCGGAGCCGAGGAAGACGGAGGGGGCGAGAGACGCCGGGCCGGGGGGAAGAAGGGGAGGCGAAGGGGGGGAGCGGGCGAAGCCGCGGAGGCGGGGCACAGGAAGGAAGCGCGCACCCACAGGAAGCAAGGGAGAGGACCCACCCAGAGGGAGGAAGAAGGGAAGCAGCAAGGGACGGAGAGAAGAGAGAGCAGAAGAAGCGGGCGGGGAGGAAGGGCACGGACGGAGGAAGGGAGGGAAGGAAGGAGGGGGGAAAGAAAAGAAAAAACGGCGGGACGCGCCGCGGGGGCGAGGACAGAAGCGGGGGGGAAAGAAGGGCGGGGGGGCCAAGCAGCCGCGGGCGCCAGAGCCGGGGGGCAAAGAGCAGCGGCGGGGCGCGGGCCCGGGGGAAGGGGGGCAGGAAGGGAAGCGGCAGCCCGGGCGCGAGAAGCGAGGGGGGGGGAAACCAGGGCGAGGGGGCCAAGAGACGGGGCCGCGGGGGAAGCAGAGAGGGCACGGGAGGGAGGGGCAGAGCGAAAAGAGGCAGAGGCCGCGAACAAGAGAAAGGGCGGGGGAAGGGACAGCGGAGAGGAGAAGGAGGCACCGAGGGGGAGGGAAGGGGCGGGGGCAAGACGAAGGGCGGAGAGAGAAAGCAAGGAACGGCACGGCCAACAGGGCCGAGGAAGGGAAGGCGACAGGCAAGGCAAAGGCGCAAGUGGCAGGGAAGCAAGAGAGCAAGAAGGGCCGGACAGGACGAAGGGGCAAGCAGGGGCAGGGGCAGAAGACCGAACAGCCGGGGCGGGGCGCGCAGGGCGGCGGGAAGGCAAGGCAGGGAAAGAAAAGCCCCCGGGAAAGGGAAAGGAAGGAGGCAAGGGGGGCGGGACGGAAAGCGACGCGGAAACCACGGCGGGAAGCGCGAGGCACCGCGCCGGGGGCGCAGGCGGGCGGGCAGCGAGCGGGCGAAACCGCGAAAGAGGGCCGGGGGGCGGCCAAAGAAGGGGAAGGGGACGGGACCGGAAAACAACAGGGGGCCGAAAGGGGCGGGAGGCAAACGGAGAGCGGGGGCCAAAGGGGCGGGGGGGCGGGGAGGCGAGGCAGCGGAAGCAGCGGGCCGCGAAGGGGGCGGGAAGCGCAACCGCCGCAGGGGCAAGGCAAAGAGCCCAAAAGCAGAGAAGGGAAACAGAGGGAGAAAAAGCAAAAAAGGGGAGACAGGGGAGCAGGGCAAGCAACGGCAAAGGGAGGCAGCCAAAGACAGGGCCAGGGCAAGCAAGAGACGAGCAAGAAAGGGAAGCGGAGCAGCCAGGGCGAGGGCGAGCGGAGAGAAGAGAAGAGGGGGGGGAGGAGCGGCAAAAGAGCGAGAGGAAGAGGCAGGCACGCAAAAGGGAAGGAAAGGCGAGGAAGAAAGCGGCGAGCAGAGGGGGCCGAAGGGCCAAACCGGCGGGGAGGGAGCGAGGGGAGGGCACAGGAAGGGAGGGGAGAGGGGGGAGGGGGCAGGGGGCCAGGGCAAAGAAAGAAAGAGAGGGGGAAGAAGCGGGGGAGAGGAAGGGGGAAACGCAGCAGGCGCAGGACCGGAAGACGGCAGGGGCGAAGCCGGGCCCCGCCGAAGCAGCGGAGGCCGGAGGCAGCCGCCAGAGGGAGAGGCCGGAAGGAACGGAGGGAAGGCGCGACAAGAACGGGGCAAAGCAAAGGAGAAACGAACCGAAGCAAGGGGGGGAAGGCGACGAAAGCCACGUGA